AUGAUUCCGAUUAUAUGGUCGAUCUUUUGCAGUUGUUCAACUACUGUAAUUCCAUUGGCGUUAACUAUCAAGUCUUUAGAUUCAUCCUUAGUCAAUAUACAGAUUCAAUCAUAUCAAUUUUUACUAAAUUAUUGGAUAUAUUAUAUCAUUUUACAAUACAUACAAUAUCAAUUUCUUAAUCAUGAUUUAAUCUUUGUUUCUGUGGUAUUCAGUUUAAUUAAACUUUGGUUAUUCUAUGGAAAGAGUUCAAAUUUGCAAUUAUUGAAUAGAUUUAUCUUAAAUAAAAUAUGGGGUAGCAACAAUAAUGAAUUGAAUCUUACUACCACUGGAAAUGGAUUAAUCAAUAUAGAAUUAAGAGUUAUAGAUCCGUUAUUAAAAAAAUACAUAUACACCAGUCACUCCUAUCAACAAAUUACCAUACUACAUCAUUAUUUGAAUCAAUUGGGUAGGAAAUAUAAUAAUCCCUCACUGCCAUCAGUUGGUUCUCCUGACAGCAAUAAUCAAUUUGAAGAAGUUAGUUUUAUUUAUUUAGAUAAGUUCAUUCAAAUAAUACGAUUUUUUAUGGUUCAAUUCCUAAAUUAUACAUCAGAUACUAAAGUUCCAUUACAAUUGCAACCACAAAGGUCAUUAUCACCAUUUGCAAAUAAAAAUAAGACCAUGAAAAAGAUAAGAAAAUCAAAUUCAGCGAAUUCAUUGAAUGGUAUUAGGUCAAUCAGUACACCUCCUCCCUAUCCUACUCAGGAAAAUGAAUUGAUAUCGUUACUUUCAGUUGAAUCAAAAUCCAGAAGUGUUUCACAUGAUUAUCCUAUAAAUAGUAAUGUUGGAAGUUCUAGCGAUAAUAGACAACGAGCAAGAUCAAUCGGUGAAGUAACUGGAAAUGAAUCAUUCCGUAUAACUCCGAUGUCGAUUAAAGCAGUUAAACAAGCUCAAGUUCCUCAUACUCACUCUCAUCAUCAUACUCACGUCUAUAACCAACAGCCAACACAAGAACAACAACCAUCCAUGGUGAUAAAUAAUCCUAAAGAGCAAUUAGAUCCCCUACCUACUCCGCAACAGCAUCUUAUGAUGAAAUCUACUAUGAAUACGAAGAAUAACUUACAAUAUAAGAGAUUCGCAUAA